CACCCUGUUUGGAGUGAGUAUAAAUGCUCACCAGGGGAAGGGGACCCAGACCUCUGAGGCUUGGAGGAUUCACACUGCGUCUUCAGCCAGGUACCUCAUUCCCUCCAGCAUCAUGCCAUACAACUGCUGCCUGCCCGCCCUGAGCUGCCGCACCAGCUGCUCCUCCCGGCCCUGCGUGCCCCCCAGCUGCCAUGGCUGCACCCUGCCCGGAGCCUGCAACAUCCCCGCCAAUGUGGGCAACUGCAAUUGGUUCUGUGAGGGCUCCUUCAAUGGCAAUGAGAAGGAGACCAUGCAGUUCCUGAAUGACCGCCUGGCCUCCUACCUGGAGAAGGUGAGGCAGCUGGAGAGAGAUAAUGCAGAGCUGGAACGUAGGAUCCAGGAGAGGAACCAGCAGCAGGACCCUCUGGUGUGUCCUGCCUACCAGGCCUACUUCAGGACCAUUGAGGAGCUGCAGCAGAAGAUUUUGUGUGGCAAAUCUGAGAAUGCCAGGCUGGUGGUGCAGAUCGACAAUGCCAAGCUGGCUUCUGAUGACUUCAGGACCAAGUAUGAGACUGAGCUGUCCUUGAGGCAGCUGGUGGAGGCCGACAUCAACAGCCUGCGCAGGAUCCUGGAUGAGCUGACCCUCUGCAAGUCUGACCUGGAGGCUCAGGUGGAGUCCCUGAGGGAGGAGCUGCUGUGUCUCAAGCAGAACCACGAGCAGGAAGUCAACACCCUGCGCUGCCAGCUUGGAGACCGCCUCAACGUGGAGGUGGAUGCUGCUCCCACUGUGGACCUGAACCGUGUGCUCAAUGAGACCAGGUGUCAGUACGAGGCCCUGGUGGAAACCAACCGUCGGGAAGUGGAAGAAUGGUACACCACACAGACUGAGGAGCUGAACAAGCAGGUGGUGUCCAGCUCAGAGCAGCUGCAGUCCUGCCAGGCCGAGAUCAUCGAGUUGAGACGCACAGUCAACGCCCUGGAGAUUGAGCUGCAGGCCCAGCACAACCUGAGAAACUCUCUGGAGAACACCCUGACAGAGAGUGAGGCUCGCUACAGCUCUCAGCUGUCUCAGGUGCAGUGCCUGAUCACCAAUGUGGAGCACCAGCUGGCUGAGAUCCGCUGUGACCUGGAGCGUCAGAACCAGGAGUACCAGGUGCUGCUGGACAUCCGGGCCAGGCUGGAGUGUGAGAUCAACACAUACAGGGGCCUGCUGGAGAGCGAGGACUGCAAGCUCCCCUGCAAUCCCUGUGCUACAACCAACGCAUGUGAUAAGCCCAUUGGGCCCUGUGUCUCUAAUCCUUGUGUCACAAGAUCUCGGUGUGGACCUUGCAACACUUUUGUGCAUUAGAGAUACCGUUGCCAGAAGGGGGACAAAGAUACCAGUCACACCUUGGUUCCACCUCAUCCCAAGACCUCAAAAAGUGACCACACUGGACAAAGACCAGUGCUUGGGGUCAGUUCCAGCCUGCAGUCAUUUGUUGGUGUCAUCCUUGGGCACAGGAGAUGCAAAGUCUGUCUUUUGAGUAGCCUAUAAUAUUCACACAAAGCCAUAUUUACAUGUGCUAUCCUAUGCUUUAAUAAAACGUAUCUAAAUGUGAUUUGUAAAUAGUUCUGUUGAGUAUGGGAGAGCUGGUUGACAAGCUUGUGUAACAGAACAUCAAUGGACUUAACCUUUUUUGUGACACUUUCUGUCUUUUAAAUGCAAUACAAAUCCUUGUUUGUCCUCCCAAUAAAUUCUUAUUCUGGCA